AUGUAUCCUGCCAUGUAUGUGCCAACGGACUACAAGGGGCACAUUAUAUCAACCCAGAACCGGACUUGGACUAUUGGCAACUGUGAUCCCCCUUCUACCAUGCAAUCUAAUCUUCUCACAAUUCGAGAAACGAAACAAGCUGAGCCAGCUAUCGCAGGUUUCCCGGUCUACGUUGGUGAGUCGGUACUUAAUUUACCCAGCCAAUCUCCAGCCGUCAAUUUACAAGGCCAGAUAGUCAAGAGGCCGGACAAAGCGGAUAAAUCAGGUGGCGAGGAGAUGUGCUCUUCUACACACCUCACAAAUGUCUCAAGUACUCAUGCUAAACAAGAAAGGAGUACGGCUGAGCUUUCUAAGGAUAGCUUGAAGCACCUCCAGGAGAAAAAAGACACGCUAGGAUGGAUUAUAUCGACAAAGGAUACAUCUACCGUUCUAUCCCCAUCACUUCCCACUUAUAGCCCCGAGUCUAGUUCAUGCAGUCUUGAGACUAUGCCUCGGCACUUUGUCCCAGGAGAGAGCUUAGAAGAAUCAAGAGCUCUAAUAAUGGAGCUCUUCCGAACUCUUUCUCGCCAAGAUUGCGAGUCAAGUUCCGAUGAGCUUUCGUCAGCCGAAGGAAGUCCCAAUCACAGCAGAUACUCCUCAACACCUCUUACGGAUGGAACUGGGACCUCUCCCAAGAGCGGGACCACUACUAGUAUUUCGAAUUUUGAGAGAAACCUCAAGCAUUCACUCCCAGGAAGAGAUGGGUCGUUUCAAGAAGGCGAUGGGGAUGAGCCUCCGCGGAAGGAGUCCCGGCCGGACAAGAACCCAUUCAGUUCAGAGGCAAUGGCAUCUCUUCAGGGUCGCCUACAGAUGCCUUGCCCCGUGCAACAACCGCAAAAAUGCCAGGGAACUAAUGCCACAAUAUCGGAACUUCUAAGAUCUCUUGAAGCGAGGCAUCGUAUCGUCAUAUGUAAGGAUUGCUGUACACAGGUCAAUGUUCCGGAGGACGAGAGGAAGCCAGAGAAUGCGCGGAAGCGACAUAAAUUGGAGACUUGCGAACCUCGAUGUAUAGGAACCACUUGUACUGGCACUGCCAGCGAUGGGGCGCCGUAUCACCGCCGAACUGAAAACUGCCCGACAUGGCAAUCACUCCCCAGCGAGACCAGAUGGUCCUUUAUUUGGGGUCUCAUAAACCCAGGAGAGAACCCGCCCGACCCCGAUUUCUACAACGGUGUCGGAUACGAGCACAACACGACUCGAAGGCCAUGUAAACAGCAGUCCAGGCCAAGAGGCGCUGACAUAUGCGAUGCUCUGAUGCGAGAUAUAGAAGAGAGAGACAAAAAGCGAACAUCUUUGGAAGCCGACUUAGAGGCCGAGAAGGAGAGAAAUGCUCAACUGGAGGAGAAACACAAGAAGAGAAUCACUAGCUUGGAGAAUAUCAUUGAGGCGUUGCUGGAGCGCCUUGAAGAGAACAACGUCAAGGUUCCAAACUCACUCCAAAAACGACUUCAAGACGAGUGUCCCGGUGUCUUCUGCGAACCGGUUGUGCAGCUCAUUUCGAAGCGUUCGCAAGCACCUCCAACACCAUCCUCAACCUUCAAAGAUGGAACUGGAGAAAUGAGACACUCUCAAUUGAACCAGCCAACCACUGCAAUAUUUCAGCCUCCUCUGUUCUCAUCCGCUGGGCCUGAAGAUGGUUACUCUCAACCAUUUGACUUUGGUAAGACCCUCCGAAUUAAAGGAUGA